AUGCCGAAAGGACAACAAAGAAAAAUUAAAGGUGCAAUAUGUAAUGUACCAGUUGAAUGUAGUCAAACAUGCAAUGUUCUUCCCAGACCACCUGACAGAUCUGGGAUAAUUUUACUUAAAUUAAAAAGGAAACUUCAAUUUAGAGGUCAUGUUUACUUUCAAGCAGUUCGUCCUCAGUUUGUAAUUAGUGCAUUAAACUGGCUUAUAGCAAACAAUCCGUUAUAUAGAAACAUUGAAAUUCAAUGUGACAACAUCAGCCCUGAGUUGACUAAUUUGAACUGUCCUGUUACAGAUCACGAAAACAUAGACGAGCAUUUGCAAACUAAUGUAAAUACAGAACUACUUAAUGAAGAUGCUGAAGAACAAGAUGAUCCAUUAAAUGAACACCGUUCAGCUGCAACUGAAACCUGUCUUCAGUCCAUCUUGCCAAAUUAUCCUGUUAACCUGGACAAUAGAAACUCUGAUAAUUCAACAGGUAGAGAAAUUUUCAACAUUGCACCAGGUGAAGGUAAACACCCAGUAUCAUUGAUGACUGAUAAACUUUGUGAGGAACUUUCAUUUCCAGUACUCUUUCCAAAGGGACGAUUUGGGUACACUGUUGAACGAGACAUCAAAUUAUCUCCAAUAAAAUAUUUCAAUGCUCGCCUCUUGCAUUAUAGUGGGAAAUUUGCAACCAAUCCAGAGUAUCUAUUCUUUGCACAAUUCAUUAUGGAACAGAAAAAGAUCUCUGAUAGUAUAAAUAUAGCUCUUAAAAAAAUACAUGGGCAGUCAGUCACAGCGUCACAAGUAAAAUCAAACAGUCAAGCUUUUCAAAAUCUUCUUUUGCAAGACCAAGCAUAUUUAUUUUUACGACAAAUUCCUGGCUCACCUCCUUACUGGCAAAAAUUCAUGUAUGAAGUGGUAGCAAUGGUUAAACAACUGGGAAUACCAACAUGGUUUAUGACGCUUUCAUGUGCAGACUUAAGAUGGCCCGAGCUAUUUCAGAUUAUUGCAAGAACGAAAGGAAACAACAUGACAGAUGAAGAAGUGGACGCUCUGUCCUAUCAUGAGCGAUGCUCAAUGUUAAAUUUAAAUCCAGUUAUUGUAGCUAAACAUUUCCAGUAUCGAGUCGAAACAUUUUUCAGGGAUGUUUUGCUUACAAAUGCAAACCCAGUUGGCAAGAUAGUAUAUUAUGCACUCCGUAUUGAAUUUCAAAUGAGGGGUUCACCACAUUUGCAUGCCUUAAUAUGGACAUCUGAUUGCCCAGACUUAACGAAUGAUACAAAAGAUGCAUACAUAGAUUACAUUGACCAACAUGUUCAAGCAUACCUCCCAGACAAAGAAACAGAUCCUCAACUUUAUGACUUGGUGAAAACAUACCAGACACAUAAUCACAGUAAAACCUGUAGAAAGUAUAAGAACGUUGCAUGUAGAUUUAACUUUGGACAGUUUUUUACUGACAAAACAAUUGUUGCUGAACCUUUGGCAGAAGAUAUGGAUGAAGAGAUUAAAUCCAAUAUUCUAACUAGACGAAAGGAAAUUUUGUCUAAAGUUAAACAAAAAAUCGAUGAUGUGCUAAACCCAAGCAAACCUUCUUAUGAUCCACAUGCAACUCCAACUAACAUCCUAAAUGAUAUAGAUAUUACAGAGCAAGACUAUCAAUGGGCUAUAUCAUUAUCUCCAGACUCUGACUAUGAAUUGCGCCUCAAAAGACCAAUAGAUAGUUGUUUUAUCAACAAUUACUUUAGUGCUGGGUUAAAAGGAUUUGCCGCAAAUGUUGACUUGCAACCAGUGUUUAAUCAUUACAAGUGUAUUACAUAUGUUUGUUCUUACUUUACAAAGGAUGAAACUGAAUGUUCUCAAGCCAUCAUAAAUGCAGCAAAAGAGGCUAAAGAAGCAAACUUAAAUGUAAGAGAUGGCCUAAGAAAAAUAGGUGCAGCAUUUCUCUCAACUCGUGAAGUCAGUGCUCAAGAAUGCGUUUACAGGUGCAUGCCUGAACUCUGGUUAAGAAAAAUAUUCCCGAAAACUCUCUUUGUUAGCACGGAUUUUGCUGAAAAUCGUGUUAGAUUUGCGAAGAAACAACAAGAACUUAAUGAGUUAGAUGAUGAUAGUACUGACAUUUUUAAGUCUAACAUUAUUGUCCGUUACAGUGACAGACCGAAAAACAUUCCUGUCGUUAAUGAUAUGUGUUUAGCUUUAUUUGCUGCUCACUAUUUCAAAGAUUACAAAAGUGAUUUUAACGAAGUAUCUGAUUCUCAACCUGAAGUGUUAAGCGAUGACUUCAUUGAAUCUAAAAAUAUCGAAAAUCAUAACACUGGACUUCCCGAUCGAAUAAACUUGUAA